AUUCGAUAAAUAGCCGCGAUAUGGUAAUGAUCGAUACUGCAUGUGUCAAGCCAGCUAUAAACUGAGCUGCUACAAUGUGGCAUGCUGCUAGAAAACAGGAGAAGAAGGUUCGGGAGAUAAUGGUAGACUAUCAGAAGAGAGCUGAGCGAAGGAAAGAGCACUAUGAGAAACUGAAGAUUGAUCCCCACCAGUUGCUUCGUGUCCAUGGCAAUCGGUGUAAAAUGCACCUAAACCCCAAGCGAUCGGGUGAACUGGAUGCAACGAUGAUCACGUGGCAGGGUGACUCUGACAACGUGAUCUCACGUUACGACGUUAGGAUUCACCUCGACUCUAUUCCUGACAAAGAAAAGCUGCCACCAGUCGAGUUGUCUCGAGAGGAGCGUGCGGAGGAGUCACGAUGUAACUAUGAGCGUUAUCGGACCCUUGUCAAGAACCUGUUCCACGGCGUGGGUGAGGAGAAUGCCCUGAAGCAGAUUGACGUCGAGGAGAUGUACCCAAAGGACAAGAAACAUAAGGGAGACAGGAAGGAAAAAUCUCGAGCGAAGGCGGCCAUUGGGUUCAGCUACUCCGAUGUUCUUGAGGAAGACCCCGGGUCUGGCUUCUUAGAACCAGAAGAGGAGGAGGAGAAAGCUUUUAGCAGCGAAAGUGAAUAUGAAAUUGACAUGGAUGUGGAUGAGUUCUCCUCAGGUCAAGUGGACAGACUAAAUGUGCUGGCCCUCGACUAUGGGAUCCCAGCAGGAGCUUACAGCAAAACUUUGAGAAUUGAAAAGAGUCAACUGGAGGAGCAGAAGCAAGCCAGGAUCUUUGACAAAGAGAAGGCUAACCUCUCAGGUCGCAAGUCUCGCAAGGAACGGAAGCAGAUGAAGGAAAGACAGAUAGUCCCACGUUUGCCCACACCCCCCUCCUAUGCUCAGCGUGGCAGCCCAACCUAUGAACCUUAUAAGGGCGAAGAAAGGAGCCAAUCUAGCUCGCCUUCUUCUAAUUCAGAGCCUGAAGGUCAAGUAGAGUUCAUCACUGAAUUUGGAGAGCAAAGCGAUUCUGAACCAGCCAAUAAAGUUCCAGUCGCUCCAACACAUGUGUCUCCAAUGACAACCAAGUCUAAGACAUCUGGUAGUAGCAGGGAGGACAGAAAAAGGAAAAGAAGUCGCUCCAAAGAUCGAUACGAGUCGAGUAGGUCAAAGCGCAGAGCUCAAAGGUCACCAUCCCCUCGCUCUCACAGGCGGCGCUCUAGAUCUAGGGAUGGUCGUUCAAGAUACCGCUCCACAAGAGACUACUCUCGUUCUCCUAGCCCCAGAAGGAGGUCUAGUCACAGGAGGAGGUCCAGAAGCUACAGUAGGGAUCGCUAUUCUAGGAGAAAUUCCCUUUCCAGAAGUUCACAUAGACACAGAAGAUCUCGUUCCAGAAGCCCACGUAGAAGAAGUCGAAGAUCGUAUUCAAGAAGCCCAUAUCGCAGAAGGUCACGUUCAAAGAGCCCAAACAGAAGUAGACGCUCUCGUUCCAAAAGCCCAAACAGGAGCAGACGCUCUCGUUCCAAAAGCCCAAACAGGAGCAGACGCUCUCGUUCCAAAAGCCCAAACAGGAGCAGACGCUCUCGUUCCAAAAGCCCAAACAGGAGCAGACGCUCUCAUUCCAAAAGCCCAAACAGGAGCAGACACUCUCACUCCAAAAGCCCAAAUAGGAGCAGACACUCUCGUUCCAAAAGCUUAAACAGACAAUCUCGUUCUAAAAGCCCAAACAGAAGAUCUCGUUCAAAGAGCCCAUACAAAAGGAAAAGGUCCAGAUCUAGUAGCUUAAGUCGUAAGAAAUCUCAUUCCAAGAGUAGAAGUCCCAAAGCACCAAGUUCCCAUUCUGACACCAAGAAUCAGCAGAGAGAUAAGAGAUCUUCAUCUCGUUCUGAAAGCUCCCCCUCUCAUUCUGAAAGCUCACGGCAUAAUUCUGGAAGUCCUGAAGUUGGCCGUAAAUUUCGAAAGAAAUCGUACUCAAAGUCCGAGUCCAAGUCACGUUCCAGUAGCCCGUUGGGAAUAAAUCAGUCUCGUUCCAGUUCUAGACACAGCUCUGCAGAUGAAAGGAGAGGAGAGGAAGAUGAAUCCAACCCAGUGCCAGAAGCCAAACCCAAGAUGACCCCCAAAGAGCGGCUCAUGAAGAGAAUGCAAGCACAACUCAACAAGCAAUUUAAGAUGGACAAGAAAAAUCAGCAGAAGAAAAAAAAGCUAAAGGUUGUCGAGCAACUGGAGCGUGAAGAGCUACUCAGAGAGCAAAAGAAAAAAGUGAGAGACAUAAGGGAUCGCUCCGAGUACACAUACACGUCUCGAGGGGAGGCCUACUCUGACCAACCACUACGUUCCCCCACACCUCCUAGUCCAGUACGACAUGGCGUCUCUGCUAAAAGCAAAGACUCUUCUGAGUUCUACUAUGGCCGCUUCUUGUGACAGAAAAUUUUUACUGGACUGUAUUAAAUUCUGUUUGUAUUAUGCUGUACAACAUGGACCUGUACGAUAAAUAAAAAUAAAAGAUAAAUAAAAGAAGUUUUAUACCCUCGGCAUACAAUAUAAGAAUUAUAAGGUCAUGUGCAAUAUAUACAUUA